AUGGCAUCGUAUGAAGCCUUGUAUGGUAGAAAGUAUAGAUCAUUGAUUUGUUGGACUGAACUUAGGGAUAGGGUCUUACUUGGACUUGAACUAGUGCAAACAACUACUGACAAAAUCAAAGUUAUCCAACAAAGGCUCAAGAUAGCACAUAGUCGGCAAAAGAGUUAUGCAAAUGUUACAACACCUAUUGAGUAUGAGGUUGGCGACCAUGUGUUCAUUCGUGUAGUUCCGAUGAAAGGCCAAUCAAGAUUCAGUAAGAAGGGUAAGUUAUCACACUGUUACAUUGGGUCGUUUCAAGUUUUGGAAAGACUUGGGCCAGUUGCUUAUAGAGUUGGUUUACCUCCAGGAAUGGGGCAAAUGCACAAUGUGUUCCAUGUAUCAAUGUUGUGGGGUUAUCUCCGAAACCUGUUCCAUGUCAUUAAUUACCACCAAACAGCACUUGAUGAGAAUAUGGAAUAUGAGGAAUGGCUAGAACAGAUCAUUGACCGACAAGUGAAACAACUGAGAAACAAAUCUAUUCCAAUGGAAAAAGUGGAAUGGAAAGAGCAUUAUGAAAGGGAAGCUACUUGGGUAAAAUAUGAGAUGCGACAACGCUAUCCACAUCUAUUUCUGAACGGAAGUAACAUAAGUUUGGAGGACCAACCUUCCUAA